AUGUCCGUUGAAGAAGUUCCAUCGAGACGACACCGACCAACCCGCAGUGCUGCGCAUAACACCACCGCCACCACCCCUCCAUCCCAGAAUCCUCACAGUCCUCAUCAUCUGAAUGCGCACAUGAAUAACCAGCACUCGACCGCCGAAAUGAGUUACCCCACCCAGCCUAGCACGCCGCCUCGAACUCCCCGAAGAAACCAAAACCCGAACACCGCCAACUUGGCCGCGCGAGAGACGGGCUCCAAGCAGAAGUCACGAAACAACAAGAAUCGUCCUAAGAAUGUCGUCACCUCACCUCCCGUCAAAAGUCAAGGUCGUGAUCGCGACCGCCAUACCCCGCCUUUGAACGGUGCACAACCCGCUGGCAUUCCUUCCAAAACACUAAGCACCCCAUCAGCCGCUAUUUAUGCUGGUGNGCGACCGCCAUACCCCGCCUUUGAACGGUGCACAACCCGCUGGCAUUCCUUCCAAAACACUAAGCACCCCAUCAGCCGCUAUUUAUGCUGGUGCAACUUUCCACGCCUCGCCUGCUCCAUCUGCCCUGCCGAUACCUAGCUUCUACUCCAAGUCAGUUCCCGACUCCCCUGGGUUAUUGAAGGGGCUCCGAUCCAUGAAGGACGCCCCUAUCUCACAGCCCAACACUCAAUCACCGUCACCUCCUACCGCACCGCCGUCGAUAAGCAAACACCGGGAAGAGUCACCCCUUGAUUUCUUUUUCAAGGCGGAUAGAGAAGAGAAGGAGCGGGCACGUAGCACCAACUCUGCGAAUGUGGCUGGCCAACCUGUUGGCCCAUUCCCACCACCUCCCAAUUCUCAACGAAACUUGCAAACUCCACCUGCAUCCAAGAACCCUCUGAGCCGUCCUGCCUUUUUCCAAUCUAGAUCUUCCCCUAAUGGCUUGUUUGCAAUGGAACUUGAUGAAAACCCCGGCACUCCUUUUGGGCCAGCCUUCUCUACUCCCUACUCGGAGCGAAUCAAAGCGGCAAGAAGCAAUUCUGAGCAACGCCCUCGUGGUGAUGCUCAAGCCUCUUUGGAAAGAUCAGAAGCCUUGAAGGCAUACCUCUUUUCUGGACACACUUCAAGCCCACCUGCAGCAAAUGGAACUUCUACAAAUCCGAAAUCUUCUUUUUCUCCCAACAAAAGUCUCAGUCCCCCUUCGUUGACACACACCAAGAGCGCACCCAGCAGCCACUACAACUUUGCUCAGGAAGCUAGAGCUCAAAACUACAAUGGAAAUGCGGCACGAUCAUCUGGUCUUCGUCAACAAGUGACUCCUUCGAAGACUCCUUCCACGACCCCCAAUCGUAACAAUUAUUAUGCGCACUCGACCAAUCCUUCUCAAAUUUACGGCCAUGGUACACCCACGAAUGCGGGCAAUUUUAUGGCAAACACUACGUCUCAUGCAUCUUCUUCUGGUUCAUUAUCGUUUGGCGUUUCGUCUGCAAAUAGAGGCGCAGAUCUUCAAGGGAUGGAGGAUAGCCUUCGCAAGAUCUUGAAAUUAGAUUCAUCUAGGAGUUCAGCAGUAUGA